GUAACGGAAGACAACUGCGCAAUCGCUAAAAUUUCCCUCCGUCCGGCAACACUGAACAGCAACCGGACAGCGUAGGCGCCAGAAGUACGAUACCGCGUCGGUUUAUGAACUUAUAUACAGUGAGAUUUUUGUGAAUAUAUAAUAAGAAUUGCAUUACUUGAGAUAUAAUGAGCAAGUCAAAGGAAUCAUCAGCUACGGAAGGAGAAGCUGAAGAAGAAUUCAGUGUUGAAAAGGUCCUUGAUAGAAGAGUUGUGAAAGGAAAGGUAGAAUAUUUUCUUAAAUGGAAAGGUUAUUCCAAUGACGAAAAUACAUGGGAACCUGAGGAAAACCUUGAUUGUCCUGAUUUAAUAGCACAAUUUGAAGAACAACGUAAAAAAAAAGAAGCAGCAGCGUCUGGUAAAAGACACGAAGAAAAAGAACAAAAAAAGAGAAAGAGUUCUAGCACACCUACACCAACACAAGCUAAGAAAAAAGCAACAGAAGAAAAGAAACCAGAAGGAUUUGAUAGAAAUUUAGAACCAGAGCGCAUUAUUGGAGCAACAGAUUCAAGUGGAGAACUGAUGUUUUUAAUGAAAUGGAAAGGCACAGAUGAUGCUGAUUUAGUACCUGCUCGUGUUGCUAAUGAAAAGUGCCCACAAAUUGUAAUUAAGUUUUAUGAAGAACGCCUAACAUGGCAUAGUCCAGCUCAUGAUGAAGAAAGUUCUGCAAAACCUGACCAAGAGUAGCGUCUAGUUUCACAAUAUAUGUACACAGCACGCUUUAGAAUUUGCCGCAUAUAGCGACAAAUUAUAUUGCGUGUUUUGUAAACCAUCUUCGAAAUAUAUUAAUGUUGCACUGGGAGAAUAACAAA